CUCUUUGGAACGAUAGUCUGGAUUUUGGUAGCUUGUACCCGAGUUCCACUGCCACUGCUGCAGGGCUGGGUACUGUUUGUAGCGGUGACGGCGUGGUUCCUGUCCAUUGUGUUCCUGUGUGUGUUCCUCUUCGGUUAUUCAAAUAGAAUUGCUGUCAACUGGAACCAGGCGGAUUUUCUUUUCCAUGGUGCUACUUUUGUCUUUUAUUUUGGAGCUUUUCUACUGCAAGCAGCGACUACAUCUCUGCAUCACUUUCCCCGUGAAUUCAAUUCCACCACGCAGAAGAUUCUAGCUGAUCAUGAAUACAACAUAAGCAUAGCAGCCUCGAUCUUUGCCUUUGCAACAGCUGUUUGUUACGGUUGCAGCACAGCCCUGGCAUUAAGGAGAUGGAGGCUAUAG